AAUGGAUCCGGAAAGAGGGAAAAUAAAAUUUGCCUUCAAAACAAAUAGAAAAGAAGAUAAUUCUAAAAGGGAUAGUUCAGGUUGGGGUCGGAGCUAUAAAAAUGACUAUCGAAUGGAAAGUGAAAAAGAUAGAUCUAGAACAGAUCGUUCCAGUCGUCAUUUUUCCGUAUCUAGUAUGGAAGAAGAGGAUGGAAGAAGAGACUCAAUGAGAUCGAGAUCGGAAAGAGGCCGUGAAGGAAGAAAUCGUGAUGACUAUUCGCAUCAAGCGAUCGAUACAGGAAGAAGAAAGGAUGUUGGUCAUAAUAGGCAUGGAAAUUAUGAAGUGAACAGUGAUAGCAGUGAAAAUGGUGCCUAUUUUAAUAAAUACAAAAAAUCCGAUAAUACUUGGAAAAACAAGAGAGACGCAUCUAACUCUUUCAGUAGCGAACCCAUUCUCUCUGAUAUUCCUUUACCCCCCUCGCGACCAACAGCUAGAUCACCUGGCAGAGAAAAGGAGGGUUAUUGGCAGGAGAAAGACGAGACUGUACCCAGAUCAGAUGGAAGCGGUGAUCAUAGAAGUUCUCGAUCAAGUUCACCUUAUUCAAAGAGAAUGAAGCCUUCUUUUGCUAAAUCAGAUAUUCAAAAUUACAACUAUCGAAACAGCAGACAGAGUCACGAAUAUACUGAAAGGAAAUCUGACAUUAAUGAGAGACGUCAUUCUGAUAGAUCAACUGAAAGGAGGCACAGAGAUGAUUAUAGAAAGGAAAAUAGUUAUUCUGAUCUUUCACGAUCGUCUGAUAAAAAAUAUCGAGAACAAGAUCAGCAAAAGCGCCAAAGAGAUAGACUAAUAUCUCGAGAUGAUCGCCGUGAUGAUUAUCGGUAUAGUCAUGUAAAUAAAGAUGAUGAGGAUGCACAGAAUGAUUGCAGCCAAUCAAUCGAAGAACAAAGAGAGAAAAGUUAUGAUGCUAAAAGUGAUAAUGAUUUAAAUCAUACUGAUGAGCCUAAAGCUGAGACUCAAUUGCAAGCUGAAAAUGCCAUUAUAUCCGAUAACAAAGAAAAGCCAACUAUGGGUGAAGACGACUAUGAUCCAACUGAAACACUACUGGCAGAUGAAGAGCGUCCCCCGACAAAAUCUCCUGUUAAAAUUUCAUUUGCUAUUAAGCCGAAGAUGGGUAGAUCAGUCAAUAACGAAAUUUCUCCUAAAAAGAGUCCAAAGGGACCAGGUCAAAUAUCAAAGCCCACUUGGGUAGAAGAAAAAGAAAGUGAUAGUGAUUCAAGAACCGAUGAAAAUCUGUAUAAGAGCCCCAAGUCUCGGAAUAAGCCACCUAAGCUAUUUUGGUCGGACGAAAGUGAUAGUGAAGCCGAAAGGAAUCGAUCAAAAAAUGAAAGAAUUAGCCCAAAUGAUAGGGGAAAAUUUUAUAAGAGAGAUGAUAAUGAUAGCGAACAUGAUAGAAGAUAUGAAAGAUUAAACGAUAAUGAAACCGAUAGAAGGUAUGAAAAAACAAGUGAUAGAAGAAGAUCUAUUUCUCAAGAAAAUUCGUAUCGUAGACAAAGAAGGUCUAGAUCUAAGAGUACUGAAUACAAUCAUAGAAAAUGGAAUCCACGAGGUAGGAGUAGAUCAAAAGAAGAUAGAAGAAAAAAUAGAUUUAACUUUUACGAAAAGAAACAUUCAUCAUACCAUAGAAAUGAUUAUUAUGAUAAAGGAUUAAGCUCUCGGUCUAGAAGAUCAAAAUCUCCGUAUAGACGAGAGUCGUCUUUCAGAUAUCAUAAGAAUUAUGACAAACGUCGAAGUGGGCCAUAUCACGAAAAUAUAAAUUCACCCAGGGAUAGACGAUCGAACUUUUAUUCGUCUAAUAGUAGAAGUAAUGCACACCACGGGGAUACUGACUACAGAACUAGGAGGCCAUGCGGUCCUUCUUACUCUCCAAGUUAUAAUCGGAGGAAGACACGCUCGCCCAGCCCAGCCAAUGACAAGGAUGAAAGAAAGCACACGCCUACUCUUCCAUCAGAACAUAGAGUAACUCAAUCGCACAUUGCAGCUAAAGCGUCCUUCAGCUCUUCUAAUAUGUCAUUAUCGGAUGACGGUCAUGAAAAAUCGAUGCAAUCCCCUGUGUCAAAUAAAAAUGCGGAUAAUGCAAAUGCUGAUUUGGGAAAACACGAACAAAACGAUAAAUUAUAUGAAAAAAUUCCAAUACCAGAACCGUCCAAUAUCGUUAAAUCACCAGAAAAUAAAUUAGAGGCUAAAAAAGAAGGGGAAAAUGAACGUAAGAAAGAUGAAACUGAUAAGCUUUUGCUUGAAAGAGGAUUCUCUCGAGCCCCUCCAGUUAAUAUUGCUCCACCUGGAGUUAUUAUCAUAGGAGUUCCCGAAGAUCGUCAUCAACAUCGAGGUCUAGAUCAAGAUCUUCGUCUAGGUCACGAUCACGGUCACGAUCAAUUUCCAGAUCGAGGUAUAGUUCUCGUUCUAGAUCUAGGAGACGGUACCGAUCAAGAUCUCGGCAACGAUAUAGGUCAAGCUCGAAGUCGCAUUCAAGAUCAAGAUCAAGAUCUAGAUCACGAUAUCGGUACAGGUCUAGAAGUCGAUCUCGAUCCAGAUCCAGAUUAA